AUGUCAGAAGUUGCCAAACCUCCUCCAAAACGCGGUUUUAGAAGAACGCAAGACCGCCAAAAAGGUCGUGUCGAAAAAAUAGCUGGAAAAGAGCCCAAGGUUACCGUAAAUGCUAACAGCCUCGGAUCUCAACAGAACUCUGAGUCUGGAGACGAAGAUCUAUGUGUCGUUUGUGCAGAAACUAUAGUCUAUGCAGCGGUUUCGCCUUGCAAUCACGUAGUUUGCCAUACCUGCGCUUUCAGACAACGGGCUCUGUACGACAAAAAAGCAUGUUUAGUAUGCAGAACAGACGCAGACGUUGUUGUAGUGUGCGGAGAUAAAGAUGCAAGUUUCGAUUCCGUUGCGGGGAAGAAUUUUGCCGAGGUCAACGAGAAGUAUGGGUUAUCCUUCGUAACGGAAAACGCUGCGCGUGCAACGUUGAAUCUGCUGAAAUUCACUUGUCCCUAUGGCGAUACAGGAGACCUCGAUUUUGGGAGCUAUGCGAAGUAUAAUGCACACUUGAAAACCGAACACAACAAAACGCUUUGCAUGAUUUGUGCGUCGCACAAAAAGGCUUUCCCAAGAGAGCUGAAAAUAUACACACCGAAUCAGUUGCGUGUUCAUCAGGCCAAGGGAGACGUCAAAGGAUUUUCUGGCCAUCCUAUGUGCAAAUUCUGCUCGGGACAAAGGUUUUACUCAGAAGAUGAGCUCAAUGUCCACAUGCGUGACAAGCACGAAAGAUGUCAUAUUUGUGACCGCAUAGACUCCUCCAAUCCACAGUAUUUCAAAAACUACGAUCAGCUUUUCGAGCAUUUUAAAGCUGAGCACUAUGUCUGUACCGUUCAAUCAUGCUUGGAUAAUAAGUUUGUCGUGUUUGAGGACGAGCUGGAUCUACAAGCGCAUAUCCUCAAGGAACAUGGCAAUAUGCUGCGCACUAGUGGCACCAACUCCAUGACGAAUGGUGGACGUAGGUACCAGUCACGUUUGUCGACUUUUGAGCAGACAAAUACCUCGAAUACACGAAGCUCAGGGUCCCAGCGGGCGUCUCAGAAGAAGAAUGACGACACGGACUCGCUUGAAAUGAAGAGUAAAAGAAUGCAAGAAAGAGCAAGACACUACUUGAAUUACUCGCAUACUGAUUAUGAACAGUUUCUCGUCAUCAAUGAAGGCUACAAAAACGGGAUGAUCACAGCAGAAGACCUAUUUGAAGCGUACAAAAACCUUUUUCAGUCCGCAGAAGCUAACACAACAUUACUUCUGUAUGACUUUUCCGAGUUAUUCUUCAAAAAUUCAAAAAGUUACAAGGACCUUCGCGCCGUUUACGACAGAGAACAGGAAAAGCAAGAUAGACAAGUAAAUUUUCCAUCGCUCAGCUCAUCAAGUCCGAACUUGCUCGCAGGUAACGUGGUAAGUGGAUCAUGGGGUCGAGCAAGUGGCUCUGCCAAACCAGCUGCUCGCCAGUAUAAUUUCCCGGCUUUGAAAAAGCCAGCCGAAUCAUCGUUUCCCAUGUUGAAGCCCACUCCCGCGUCGUACAAGAAGGUAACCAACGCUAUGCCAAAAGCUAAAACUAUUACAGCAACGCCUUCCGAACAAGCCAGUUCUUACAAACCUACCUAUCUUCAAAGCAAAAAACCUGCAUCGAGUUUCACCACCUCCCUAGAUCGGACGAUGUUCCCACCGCUACCUAAAGCAAAGACUUUCCGCGCUCCAUUGGUAAACGAGUCCAAGAUACCAGACCCUUCGCAGUGGAGUAGAAACUCUCCGAGCUCAUCGAGUGCUCCCCAAACCGCUAAUGGAGGCACUUUAAAUGUUUCAAAUGGCAAAAAGAAGGGCAAACAAAAGCAGCUCUUAUUUCAUAUUGGCAUUUAA